UCCGAUUUUAUGUGCAUUUCAAAUUUGUGAACAUUUUUUAAUACUCCAAUUAAUACAUACAAUCAUAACCGCUAACUUCAGCCAAAAUACGGGGAAAGUCCCAAAUCGGUGUUGAUCACAACUUAUUCAUUUGCUGUGCUGUAACUCUUUUUUGAAAACGGGGUUUGGCAACUGUACUCCCUGUUUUUUUUUUGGUACUAAGUUCCUUUAGUUUUCUUUUGUGUAGAUUUUUCUCUAACGAUAUUGGAGAAGAUCAUAUAAAAGGGUUGUAGUAAAUCUCAUUAUUUUGGGCAGAAAUGAAUUCGGGUGGACCCAACUACCAAAUGGCGUCGUUAUACGUGGGCGAUUUACAUCAAGAUAUAAAUGAGGCGGGACUUUUCGAAAAGUUCUCCACUGCUGGUCCGGUAUUAUCGAUUCGUGUUUGUCGCGAUGUUAUCACAAGGCGCUCUUUGGGAUACGCAUAUGUAAAUUUCCAGCAGCCGGCAGAUGCCGAACGCGCUCUGGAUACUAUGAAUUUUGAUUUGAUUCGCAAUAAGCCAAUACGCAUUAUGUGGUCUCAACGCGAUCCUUCAUUGCGUCGGUCUGGCGUUGGAAAUGUUUUUAUAAAGAACCUUGACAAGAGCAUUGAUAACAAAGCCAUCUAUGAUACUUUUUCGGCUUUUGGUAAUAUAUUGAGUUGCAAAGUGGCAACCGACGAAAAGGGCAAUUCCAAGGGCUAUGGAUUUGUCCAUUUUGAGACCGAAGAGGCAGCAAAUACCUCAAUUGAGAAGGUUAAUGGUAUGUUGUUAAACGCCAAGAAAGUAUACGUCGGUAAAUUCAUCCCACGUAAAGAACGUGAGAAGGAACUGGGCGAAAAAGCCAAAUUGUUCACAAAUGUUUAUGUGAAAAAUUUUGGCGAAGACUUUGAUGAUGAUAAAUUGAAGGACCUGUUCGAACCAUUUGGAAAAAUAACGAGCUACAAGGUCAUGAUAAAAGAUGAUGGCAAAAGCAAAGGCUUUGGAUUUGUUGCUUAUGAGACUACCGAAGCAGCUGAGGCUGCUGUCGACGCUUUGAAUGGGAAGGACAUGGGCGAGGGAAAAGUUUUGUAUGUGGCUCGUGCCCAAAAGAAGGCUGAACGCCAACAAGAGCUCAAACGUAAAUUCGAGGAAUUGAAAAAGAAACGUCAAGAAUCGGUGUAUGGUGUUAACUUGUACGUUAAGAAUUUGGAUGAUAGCAUUGAUGAUGAGCGCUUACGUAAAGAGUUCUCUAUGUUUGGAACUAUAACUUCUGCCAAGGUAAUGACCGACGAAGAAGGCCGUUCUAAAGGUUUUGGUUUUGUUUGCUUCAUUUCACCAAACGAAGCUACUUGCGCUGUCACCGAACUUAACGGACGUGUAGUUGGUUCAAAACCAUUGUAUGUUGCUUUGGCUCAACGCAAGGAAGACCGCAAAGCACACUUAGCAUCACAGUAUAUGCGUCACAUGUCUGGUAUGCGCAUGCAACAAUUGGGCCAGAUCUUCCCGCCAAAUACAGCUGGUGGUUUCUUUGUGCCGACCAUGGCACCAGGACAACGUUUCUUCGGUCCGCAAGUGACUCAGCCCAUUCGUAAUACACCACGCUGGGCACAACAAGUGCGUCCUGCCGCGGGCGUGCAAGGAGUUACACAAGCAGGAGGAGCAGCUGCUGGUGGUGGUUUCCAAAACGCUGCCGCCGCUAUGACAGCAACCGGAGCUACACAGUUCCGCCCAACAGCCGCAGCUGGUCGUGGACAACCGCAGGCAGUUCAAGGCGCUCACGCAGCCGCUGCUGCCAACACCAUGCGUAAUACCGGCGCACGCGCUAUCACAGGCCAGCAAACAGUUGCAGGCGGAAAUAUUCCCAUGACCGGAGCUCCAAUCACUGCUGGUGGUGCUCAGCAACGUGCUGCUAACUACAAGUACACAUCCAAUAUGCGCAAUCCACCACCACAGCCCGUACAGCAACAACCGCAAGUGCAGCCAAUGCACCAAAAGGGACAAGAAAAAUUAAUUGCAUCUUUGCUGGCUAAUGCCAAACCGCAGGAGCAAAAACAAAUCUUGGGUGAACGCUUGUACCCAAUGAUCGAGCGCAUGCAUCCAUUGAUGGCGGGAAAAAUUACCGGCAUGUUGCUCGAAAUCGAGAACUCAGAGUUGCUACAUAUGCUGGAAGAUCAAGACGCAUUGAAGGCUAAGGUCGAGGAAGCCGUUGCUGUACUCCAGGUCCACCGUGUUGCGGAGCCAACCAACUAAAUACUUUAAAUAAAUUACAAUACAUAAUAGUAAUAUAUGAAGUUACUAAACUUUUUCGUUCAUUUGCGAAUUGUAUAAAUUUGUUGUAUAAAGAUGCCGUCACUAACGGAUUAUACUACUACAACAAUACCAAAUUUUCAUAUUUUUCACUUGAAUAAAAAUUUGUUUUCGUCAUUUACUUGAAGUAAACUUCUUUGUGAGAAAGAAAUAAUUAAAGAAAAUGACAAAAAAAUUGCAAAAGUAUAUUGAAACAAAAAAAUUGAAAAACAUCGAGUGAAGCUAAAAUUCGUUUAAAUUUGAAAUACCAAAAGAACCUAAAUAUAGCAGCUUUUUUUUUUAUUAUAUCGAAUCACUCGCUGAAUGUAAGAAAACUUAAAAACAAUCAGAAGAUUUAGAUUUGCUUGUGUAUUAGAGCUCAAAGAAAAAAGUUUAUCGAUUUUUUGCUACUUUAAACAAACAAACUCACGAAAAAAUAAGUCAGGCGUGAACGCUGACUAGCAGAAUAAAAAACAAUAAAAAAACAAAAAAAAAUCGCAAAAUUUAUACAAAAACGGUCUGUACAUGACCAGAAAAACAUAAUAAAACACAAUGAAUGAAAUAACUGAAUUAACUAUAUAAAAAAAUUUUAUCUAACAAUAAGAAAGAAGUCUGUCUUGAUUAGCUUCAAAAACAAAUCGCUAAUUUGUCAAAAAA